GUGUGACGUAUAAUCUAGUGGACGGGACGCUUCUUUAAACAACAGCUAGUUAAGCCUCUUCGGUAGCUUGCUAGCAAAUAUAGCCGAAACAUUAAAGCUCUUUAUACACUUUCUGUGUAUAUUAGCCUCUGUGUUUUAAGCAAACUUAUGUUGUAUAGCUAGUUGCCGCAUUUAAUUUCAUUUUUCGUUUUUAGUAGUCAGCUAGCUGGUUUGCUAAAUUAGCUCAGCACUAAUGCUAACUAGCUAGCUAGCAUCCCGACCAUGAACUCACCAAACUACUCCCUCCCUGCUAAAGAAGAGGUCUGCUGGACGGAGAAAGAAACUCUCAUGAAAGAGGAAGAGGUCACAGUGAAAGACGAAGAAGUUACGGUGAAAAAAGAGGAAGAAGACUUCAGAGUGAAAGAAGAGGAUUUUAUUGCGAAAGAAGAAAAGGAAGAGUUUGGAUUGAAGGAGGAGGGCGAGAUUACUGUCACAUUGGAGGAGACUGGAGAUCUGAUUAACUCCAAAGAGCGACCCGACUCAGAGGAACCAGAGACGUCUGAACCAGUGAGACGACACCACUGUCCCCAGUGUGAAAAGAGUUUUACCCAUUUAGGGAGUCUUAAAAACCACAAGAGAACACAUGCAGAGAAGAAGUCUUACAACUGCUCUCAGUGUGCAAAGAGUUUUAGCUGGUCUGGGCAACUGAAAGAACACGAGAGAAUACACACAGGAGACAAGCCUUACCACUGCUCUCAAUGUGGAAAGAGGUUUUUCAAGGCAUCACAUCUGAACGAGCAUAAGAGAACACACACGGGAGAAAAAACAUUCCAAUGCUCUCAGUGUGGAAGGACAUUUACCCGAUCAGGGGACCUGAAAUCACAUGAAAGAACACACACAGGGGAAAAGCCUUACCACUGCUCUCAAUGCGGAAAGAGUUUUACCCGUUUAGGGAACCAAAAAAUGCAUGAGCGAAUACACACGGGAGUGAAGCCUUACCACUGCUCACAGUGUGAAAAGAGUUUUGCGAAGUUAGGUAACCUUAAAAUACAUAAGAGAAUACACACAGGAGAAAAACCAUUCCAAUGCUCUCAGUGUGGAAGGACAUUUUCACGAUCAGGGGACCUGAAAUCACACGAAAGAACACACACAGGGGAAAAGCCUUAUAAUUGUUCCCAUUGUAAAAGUAGUUUUAGCUGGUCAGGGCAACUGAAAGAGCACGAGAGAACACACACAGGAGUGAAGCCUUACCACUGCUCCCAGUGUGGAAAGAGUUUUAGAAGGUUGGGGUCCCUUAAAUCACAUAAGCUGUAUACACACACAGGAGAAAAGCCAUGUAACUUCUCCCAGUGUGAAAAAAAUAAGUAUGUGUCAUUAGGGGACAUGAAAAAUCCUGAGAGAACACACUCUGUAGAGAGGCCUUUCCAAUGCUCUCAGUGUAGUAAGGGAUUUUUCCAGUCAUCGCAUCUGAAAGUGCAUAAGAGAAUACACACAAGAGAGAAGCCAUUCCAAUGCUCGCAGUGUGGAAAGAGUUAUACCCGGUUAGGGAACUUGAAAACGCAUGAGAUGACACACACAGGAGAGAAGCCGUUCCAAUGCCGUCAGUGUGGAAAGCGCUUUACCUGGUUAGGGAACCUGAAAAUGCAUAAGGUGACACACAAAGUUGGCUAGCCUCACCUCUUUUUCCAGUGUGAAGAGGGGUUUUGUUCCUUUAAAGGACUUGAAAGAGCAUGAGAAAGUACAAACACAGGAGAAGAAGACAUACCACUGCUCCUCAUUGCCCAAAUACACUUUCAGAGGACCUGAAAUCACAUGAGAGAAACGAGAGGCUGUGUUCUGACUUAUGUAUUUGAUUAAGAAUUUUUGUUUUUAGAUGUUGACAUGAAAUUUAAUUGUAUAUAUAAAAUCAUACUCACAAUUAGGCCUACAUUUGUUUUUUUGUUUUAACCUCCAAUCUGAUUUAAUCAAAUGAAAUGUGUAUUCCGCUUUGAUUAUAGACAUUGAUUGAUUGAAUGGAUACAAAUGUGGAUGUUUAAUUUGAUGAUUUGGAUAUUUUCAAUUGUAAAUGAACAAGUAGAUUAAUAUCAUUCAGAUUUCUUUAUUCUAACCUUGAAACCUCUUUAAUUUAGUUGUUGUUGUGUUUCGUUGACUUAAUUUGUGUCAUCGAGGAAUAUGAAAAUGUUGUUCUGAUGAUAACAUUAAAAACAUUCAAUACCUCCA